AUGUCGGAAAUCGACUCCAGACCCGUGGCAUCACGGGGCAGAAGCUCUACCAGAGGUGGCCGCGCCUCGAAUCAAAGAGGUCCUCCUCGCCAGUCUCAAAAUUCCUCGACCGCUCCCACGUCGUCGGUGCAAUUCGAUGAGUCCUUCGACGACCAGGGCGAACUGGGCAAUAUGAAGAAAACUUACUCGACUCAAUUGAGCUUUAUGCGCGACAUGUUCCCGCAAUGGACCGACGACGAUCUAGUCUUUGCGAUCGCAGAGGCCGACGGCGAUGUUCAGAUUGUCAUUGAUAGAAUCACCCAGGGCAACGUCUCGCAAUUCGCCCAAGUCCCCAAGAAGGGCAAGGAUAGAGCGCGUUCGAAGGCCAAGGAUUCCUCAGCUGCCGCCGGCGCAGAACAGACCACCACUCCACUCCGCGGUGGCCGUGGAAGAGGUGGCUUCGAGAGCUCCAGAGGUGGCAGAGGUCGCGGCAUCGAUCGCGGCCGUGGAGGCUUCCGUGGCGCCCGCGGUGGUCAUGCCGUCGCUACCGACUCUUUACCCAAGGACGCCCCCGCCGUCUCUAUUCCUACCACAGAGUCCUCUGCUUGGGACAACGUCGCCGCCGAAGCUGCCCCUGCGCUCGCCUGGGACACCCCGGCCGCUACCGAACAAGGCGCAUGGGGCAAUGCCACCACCACCGACUCCGCUCCAGUUCCUGUUCAUGAUGUCGCAAAGACCGUCGCAGUGUCUGAAAGUUCGGGCAAGAAGACAUGGGCCAGUAUGUUUGCCAAGCCCAAGCCUCCACCUGUACCUGCCGUUCCGCAGCAGCCUGCCCAAGCUGCAGUCCCUGCCGCCGCCGUCGAGUCCACACCCGCUGUUGUAGAGCAGUCCGAGCAGACAGAGCCUCCAUCUGUUGUCCUUCAGGAGACCACUACAGAACCCGCGCAGCAACCCGAGCUAGACACUGUGCCAACAGCCAUUGAGGAACAGCCCACAGAGAUCGAACAAACCGAGACAGCUCCUAUUAUCUCCGAGCCUUCACCCGCAGCUACUGAGCCCUCUGCUCUGGCCUCCGAGACCGAUCUGUCAUCUUCACACGCUCCUCUCACCGAGGAUAACCUUGAGCAUCUUCCCGAUACUUCAGUCAAGCCCGCGACCCAGACUGUUGCUAGCACCGUUGGCUCGAUCGAUCCUCGCGUGGCCACUCCCGCAACUUCCCAACAAGCUCCCAUCGGUCGUCCUCCCAUGGGUGGCUACGCAGCCAGCGCAUACAGAGCCGCAGGCACACCUGGCCGCAACUCAAGCUACCAGCGUAGAGUGCUCGAGCAGCAAGAGGCUGUUGUCAUGCCUGGUCACAACGCAGUUGACAGAGCCGCUGUCCAGUUCGGUAGCAUGGGCUUGAAUGGUGAGCCCGACAGCCUCGACGUCGAUGAGGAGAGAGAGGAGCCCGAGACACGCACCCAGCCCCCUCAGCAAUCUCCUCCUUCCCAGCCCAGAGCCUCGCUGCCUCCUGCCCCUAGACAGCCUUCUCUUACUCAAGAGCCCUCAAUUCACCACGACACCGUCCCCACUCCCAAGCAGGCUCCUGGACUUCCUCCCGUCCCUCAGCAAUCUUACGGUGGCCACCAGGAUGCUUCGCAUAUUGGAUCCAUACCUCAAGAAUCAGCGCAGUCCCAUGCCUAUGGCCAGUACAGCCGUUACGGUCAGAGUGGUAUGCAACAGCCCGACAUGAGCGCCCAGUCUCAAAAGUCAUUCGAUCCUUUCAGCCAUCAGGCUCCUUCUACUGCCUAUGACCACUACGCAAGCCAACACUCGGCUCAACAGCACCAGCCAUUCGCCGCCUUCUCCUCUGCUCCUUCCGACUACUCCCAAUACUACACUGCCGACCAACAGAGAAAUGCUUACCAGAGCUACUACGGCGGCUCCUACGGCCAACAGGCCUCCCAAUCUCAGGACAAUACUGCACACCAACAGCGUUCAAGCAGUGGCUUUGGAUCUGCCCCUAGCGACUCGGCAUAUUCUGCCUCCCAAGCUCCUCAACAGGUUAGUAAUGCUCCGUCCUUGUAUUCCAAAGAGCACGAUCCUCAUUCGCUGUCUCAGUCUCGCUAUGGUGAGGCUCCGGGAUCAGGUCACAACACACCUGCUCCUACCAAUAGCCAAAUUCCCUCUGCCGCUCCUAGCGCGGCUAUGCACCAGCAGCCCCAUUCCCAGUACAACCCUGCCUACCCAUACGGACAUCCUUACUACCAGAGCCCUUAUCACGCGGCUUACCAGAACCAGUUUGGCUACCAACAGCCCGCCUACGGCAGUCCGUUCGGUGGCAAGGGUGCCAUGUAUGGCCAGCCCCACGGUUACGGCAUGAACUCUGCUUCCUCGUACGAACACUCGGCAUCACCCGCAAACGCCAGCGGAUACAGCGCACAGCCUUCAAUGCAGUCUCGUGACACUGGAAUCAGCAGCGGCCUCGGCGACUACGGUCGUUCUGCUGCCCAGCCUUCAAACCUUAGCAGCGGCUUUGGCGGUAUGUCGGAACCUUUCGGUCGCAGCCAGUCUGGCUACCAGGGCCAAACCCAAGGCUAUGGCCAGCAGCAGACCAGUGGCCAGGCCGAUGACCUGAAGCCCUUCGGAGAGUCAAAGACCGGCGGUCCAUCCCCAGGUCUCGGUCAACCCGGCAGACCCAGCUCGGCUGCCAACAGCGUCGGUGGACAGACCCCUUCGACUACGUUGCCUCCUCCUCAGAGCCACCAGGCUGGCUUCGGCGGAUACCCCGGCUUUAACAGUCAGUACGGUCUCGGUGGACUCGGCGGACAGGGUCAUCAGCAGCAACAGCAGCAGCAGCAGCAGCAACAGGGUGGCUACGGCGGUUACGGUAGCGGUUUUGGAAACUCUUACUACGGAGCACGUGGUGGCUGGGGUGGAAACUACGGCGGUCACUAA